AUGGAAGAUGAAGAAAAAAAGUGUCAAGAUGAAGAACCCAGUGAAUUCUACUUUGAAUCUGAUCAUUUAGCAUUAAAAGGAAAUAAAGAUUAUACUACGCUUUUAAAAACGAUCGUAAUUCUUGAAUCGCAACGGGUUCAAGCCAUAGAAGAUUUGGAUAAACUUUUAUCAGUACGUUCCAAAGCACUGAAAGAUCCGAUAUCUUUCGUAGCUCAGAUACAAAAUGGUGAGCUACCAGAAUUACCAGGACCGCAAAAAAUUGCGGAAAUUCCUUACAUUGAUUGGGUACAAUAUAACAUAGCUACACCUGAUAUGCGUAUGAGGCCACAAACAAGACAUGGACAUGUUUUGCCCCAUGUACAAACAAAGACAGAACAAGAGAAUGGAAAGAUUUUAGUGAGAGGACGUGCUUUUGAUGAAAGUAAACCAGAGACCUUUAAUCAAUUGUGGACAGUGGAAGAACAAAGAAGAUUAGAAGAACUUUUAAUUGAAUAUCCACCAGAAGAUAUAGAAAUGAGAAGAUGGACCAAAAUAGCUAAUGCUUUAGGUAACAGAACUCCAAAGCAAGUCUCCAGUAGAGUCCAGAAAUACUUUAUUAAACUUUUAAGAGCUGGGCUACCUAUACCUGGCAGAGGUCCUAAAAUGAAAUUGGAUGCUAAAAAGGGAAUGGGUCACAGGCAUCAACGUAACAACUAUUCAUUAUUUAAACGUUCUACUUUCUUUCCACAUCAGGAUAUGUCUUUUACACUGCCCGAUGAAGGCAAAGAACAGCCAAUUACAGAAGACUCUGAAGAUGAUGCAGGAAAUAGUAUUAUUGAUGAUAAUCCCGAACUGAGACAAAUCGAGUUAUUAAGACAAGUGAAAACUGAGAAAGAACAAAAUCCGUCUCCUGUAUAUAAGCAUGUUGGACACAAGUGUUUAAUAUGUGGAGAAGAUCCUUUAACAGGUACAAGGUGGCAUUGCACAGAAUGCCAAGAUGGAAUUGACUUAUGUAGUGAUUGUGCAGUUGCACAGUUGGAAAUUGAAAAACCACUACAUGAUGUAUUACAUAGACUGAUUCCUGUAAAACCGCCUCAAUAUAGUAGAAGUUACGACUUAGAUUAUUUUCCACAAAGUUUUAGUAAUUCUUCUUAUAAUUACUUAGAUCCAAAUUUUUUACCUGAAUGA